UGUUUGAGAUAGGUCUCUAUAUCCUCUUUUAUUAAUUCUCUCAUAUUUUCAAACCUUAGAAUUAUAGGUAGAAUUUAUGAUGGUAGUUGCUGAAUUUAAUCCAAUCAAAGACUGUAUAUGCAAAACCAUCAAGUGAGUUCUACUAUUUUACCAGUAAUUCAUUGAGUUGCAUUUAUGGUCUGAUUUAUUAUGUAACUAUACAACUGUCCAUUUGUCCUCCUUUAAUUGAAUGUUUAUGUAAAUCAGUUGUUGACUUUCCUUACCACUCUCACUCAAUACUAUUACUCCCUCCGGCCUCAUAUAUAAGCAAAAAUUCUUUUUCCAGGUUCUUUGAAUAACUGAUGUAUCUGGUCCAUUGAAUAACUGAUGUAUCGUCCCAGAAGUUAUUCAAUGAAUCUGAAAAAAGAAUUUUUUCUUAUAUAUAUGAGACCGGAGGGAGUAUUCUAGAUCCUCUAGCUACUAUCUAGGCUACUAAGUGUUCAUGUUUUCAAUGCUUCUGUAUAUGUAUAUGCAGAAAUGUUUUAAAAACCGAACCAAACUGUUCAACUGUUUAAAGCAGUUGAACUAUGACCUGGAAGUCUUACUGGUUCAAUGUUCAGUUCAUUUUUUAAAACAUUGGUGUGUGAUGUUUUUUUUUUUUUUUUGUUAAUAUAUACUUCCUACUACUAUAAUUUUCUAUCUGUUUUGGUACUUGGUGGUAAUGAGGAUGGUGAUAUGACUGAUAUCCUUGACUCUGAUAUGAUAUUUGUUGGCCAGCCAUGUAUUUGUUUCUUCCUACCAUUAUUACUUUGUCUGCAGGUUGUAUUUUUUGGAUUAAUUUAUCUUAUGAGUCACUUUACCUUUUCAUUUCCACAGAUGAUGAAUCUACUCAUGACUUUUGAAGAUUAAGCUUGUUAUUCUUGAUACAGGUUUACCAAUUGAUGCUACUUUCAUUCAUUUAUGACCUCUAAACUGUGUAUGGAGUUGAAAAAUGAAGUUGCAGAUCAAAGUUGCUCUUGCUAUUGUUAUUAGUUUGCUCUGGAUUCAACAUUCCCUUGGUGAUGAAGCAUCUGAUACAUCUGGCCUAAACAAGUGGAAAUGUAGAUGUUCUUUUUUUGAAGGGAACCAAAGCAACUAUCUUGCUAAUUGUUCGAAAUCAUGUGAUUGCCAUUCAGAUUCUGAAGAGGGUGCAUCCAUAUGGACAUGCAUUUGUGAUCCUGAUGGAUUUCCCCAUGUGGCAGAAGAUGGUCAUAGCUCUAAUUGCUUUCAUGCCUGCAACUGCACCUGGGGAACUGUCGGCACAUCAUCAGGUUCAAAGAAACACAUCUCCAGCAAGGCUGUUGUAAUUAUCCUAUUGAUAUGUGUUAUAUGCACAACCAUUGCAUUGCUUACCUCAGUUGUAUGCUACAUCUACCGAAGGGGCAGAUGCACUAUUCAAUCACCAAUAUUCUCAUCAGAUAAGGAUACGAGUAGUGGUAGUACCACCAAUCUAAUCAGUUAUAGGACAGGAACUUCUUCAGUGCCAGAAACAAAACUUUUUAUAAAUUCUCCUAUUUAUCAUUUCACAGGAUGCUUUCCGAAAGCCUCUUUUUUGUUUGGGAGCCAAAAAGAAACGUUUUAUGGAAAUAUUAUUCAAUUUUCAUUUGCCGAACUGGAAAGUGCCACUGAUAACUUUUCAGCUACCAACCUUAUUGGAUUAGGCGGAAGUAGUUAUGUGUACCGUGGUCGGCUGAAAGAUGGUAAUAUUGUGGCUGUUAAGCGACUAAAAGAUCAUGGAGGGACAGAAGCAGACUCUGCAUGUUUCAAGGAGAUUGAACUAUUAGGUAGACUUCAUCAUUGUCAUUUGGUGCCGUUGCUUGGAUACUGCUUAGAAUCGAAAGGAAAACAUGUUCAGAGGUUACUAGUAUUUGAGUACAUGACUAAUGGGAAUUUGAGGGAAUGUUUAGACGGAGUUUCUGGAAAAUAUAUGGAUUGGACUACUCGUGUUACGAUUGCAAUAGGAGCAGCAAGGGGCUUGGAGUAUCUCCAUGAAGCAGCUGCUCCAAGGAUUCUUCAUAGAGAUGUGAAAUCAACCAACAUUCUUCUGGACAAGAAUUGGCAAGCAAAAAUAACUGAUCUUGGUAUGGCUAAAAACUUGAGAUCAGAUGACCUACCAAGCUGUUCGGGUUCUCCAGCAAGAAUGCAGGGAACAUUUGGCUAUUUUGCACCCGAGUAUGCUAUUAUUGGUAGAGCCUCACUUGAAUCAGAUGUCUUCAGUUUUGGUGUGGUUCUUCUCGAGCUUAUUAGUGGUCGACAUCCUAUCCAUAAAACUUCAGGAAAAGAAGAAAGCCUCGUUAUAUGGGCUUCUCCUCGUUUACAGGAUAGUAGACGAGUAAUAACAGAGUUAGUUGAUCCACAAUUGAAAGGUAAUUUCCCAGAAGAAGAGGUGCAUAUAGUGGCAUACCUAGCAAAAGAGUGCUUGCUUAUGGAUCCCGACACUCGACCAACCAUGAGCGAGGUUGUUCAAAUUCUUUCAAGUAUUUCUCCAGGAAAAUCAAGGAGGAGAAGAAACAUUCCCACUAGCUUUUUUCAGGAACUGGAGGAUGCCGGAAAGCACAGGCAAGUUCCAUCGAGUAAAUUUCCAACUCAUAAUUCAUCGUCACUAGAUAUCAAUCACAAUCCGUGUGUUGUGAACGAAAACAAAGAAGCAGGUCCAGUUUCACCUGAGUAUAUGGAAAGUUUAAUCCUCUUGACUUCAAAAUCUGAUGGCAGGCAUGCAUCAGAAGAAGAAAUGGUUGACAUAAUCGAGCCUCGGUUUGAAUCAUUUUGCAUGACAAAUGGCACAGUCCCUUGAAAACACAGCUUGAAGAACUGCUAUUUAUUGUGCAUUGAUCAAUUGGAUAUCAUAAGGGAUUUUGAAUCUGGUUUUGAGAUUAUGUCUUGCAUUUCUUCAGUUCUGUUUUGAUAUGAAGAGCAAAUAGGUGUUGUUAGUUUAUAAGCACAAAAAAUAUAUUCAAUGUAUUCUUGUAUAAAAAAGCUUAGGAGAUUGUUAGCUGACAUUGAUUCUGGUUCUUUUCAUAGGAUAAGAACCCUAUUUUAUUAAAUUAACAUAAUUUUUUUUGGACAAAUA